CACGAAUUGACUUGGACCGUUCAAUUGCAACGCGCGCGGGGCUUUGACGUCGCGAGGGUGUUGCACCGGGAAUGUUCCUUGCUAUGUUCAUGUACCACCCUUUAAAGUAACUCAAAUGCUUCUCUAAGCCAACUAAAUCCCGCUUUUCAUUCAGGCGCUCGUUGCAAAGCGUUACACAAGCUUCCAAGCCCUGGGGUAGAGGCACGGGGGAGAGGGGCGAGCGGCGAUGAAGCUCAGGGAUUCCCCCUUCCUCGAGCUGGGCUGCCCCUUCACAGCCUACGAAGCCCUCAAGAUGCUGCUGCUGCUGCCCUGGGUGCCGCUGCGCCUAUGCCUGGGCGGGGCCGCGCUGGUGGCGCUGGCGGUGAUCAACAGCGCUGCGGCCUGGGGGGUGCCGCCCGACCAGCCGCUGCCAGCCUGGAGGCGCAACGUGGUGUUAGCCAGCAAGGAGCUGGUGGGUGUGGUGCUGUGGGCGCUGGGCUUCCGGGUGCGGGUGGCGGGCCGGCGGCACCUGCAGCAGGCGCUGCAGCUGGGGGCCGUGGGCGUGUUCAACCACGCGUCCUGGGUGGAUGCGUUCCUGCUGGUGUGGCUGAUGGCGCCGUCGGGUGUGAGCAAGGCCGACAACGCGCAGCUGCCGGUGAUUGGCUCCGCCGUCCGCGCCUUGCAGACGGUCUUCAUCCCGUACGAGAAGCUCAGCAAGCAGCGGCGCGCGGGCGGAGCCUCCGCAGGCGCCAACGGCGGCAGUAGCAGUAGCAGCAGCGGUAGCAGCAGCAGCGACAGCCUGGCUGCUGGGGACUCCUCCGCUGCCGCCGCCACCCAGCCGGCGACAGCAGCAGCAGUAGCAGGCGCCAGUGGCCACGCCUCCGACCCCAGCCCUGGCCUCGGCGUCUCGUCUGCAGGCCUGACGGGCUUCGUAGGGGCUGUGGCGGAGGCUGCCACAGGCGAAGCCGCCUGCAGACAGCCCGCCGCCGCCAGCUCUGUGCUGCAGCAGCGGCGGCGGCAGACGGCUAGCGCCGCCAGCAAGCACACCACCGGCAGCAGCACUGGAAACGCUGCCACACUACUAGGGCACGCCGGCGCCGACGCCGGCGGCGGCGCCAAGGCCAGCAAGGGCUGCAGCAACGGCAGGGCCAGCAGCAGCAGCAGCAGUAGCAGCAGCAGUAGCGCCUUCAUCGUGCAGGGCAACGUGACCGAGGUGCUGCUACAGCGCGUGCGGCACCCCAGCUACUGCCGACCCGGCGGCUACCCAAUUGUUGUGAUGGCGCCGGAGGGCACCACUGCCAACGGGCGGGGGCUGCUGCGCUUCCGCACCGGCGCCUUCGUGCUGGGGCGGCCCGUGCUGCCCAUCUGCAUAAAGUACCGGUUCCGCGGCGCCAACCCCGCCUGGACCAUGGGCGACGCGCGCUGGAACUUCCUGCGGCUGCUGUGCCAGUGGCGCAACGACCUGGAGGUGACGCUGCUGCCGCCGAUGCAGCCCAACCAGCAGGAGCUGCGGGAGCCGGCGCUGUUCGCCGCCCGUGUGAGGUCAGCCAUGGCUGAUUGCCUGCAGGUGCCGCUGGUGGACGCCUGCCACGACCACUACCUGGCACUGAGGCGGGCGGGGCUGCGCGGUGUGAGCUGGGACGGACGGAGGCUGGAGGCGGAGCCGGGGGCGCCGCUGUGGCGCCUGUGCGAGCGGCGGCAGCCGCGGCAAGAGCAGGGGCAGGAGCAGGAGCAGGAGACGGGGCAGGGGCAGGGGCAGGAGGAGGGGGCGGCGGGGGUGGAGCACCCCGCGGGUCCGGGCGCGUGUGGCGUGGCGGGUGGUGGGGAGGGCGCGGCGACGGGGAGCGAUGCGGGCACGGGCAAGGGCCGGGGCGGGGGCGGGGAUGAGGGGGCGCGGCGGCAGCCGCUGGGGCCUGGGGGGCGUGCGUGUGUGCCGCUGGAGGAGUUGGAGAUGGCUGAUGUGUUGGCGCUGGCGGCGCAGCUUGAGGCGUGAGGCAGGAUGGCUGGCUGAGGCGGUGUCUGCCGCCGCACCGAGGUCUCAGAGGAGAGUGCAUGACAGAGGAGACUGCGUGAGGGCAUGACAGAGAUGAACAAUGCUGUGUUGGGUUUGGGUCGCUGCAGGAUGAUGGCAGGAUGGUGUGGCUCGCAGAGUGUGCGCGCGUUUGGCUAGCUGAGGAGGCGGGUGUGUGUGCCGAGCCGCCGCCGGCUCAGCACGCGCGAUUUCGUGAGAUACCGAAGAUGCUUUGAGGCGAAUGUGUGCGGUGUCGGCAGAGGGUCACCGCACUGUGGGUGCGAACACGUACGCGAGCACACAUACACACACACACAUGUGUGUGCAUUACGCUAGUGCUCGUCUACACAGCUCAUCCGUGGACGCCGGUCGACUGCCUGCAGGUGCGCAUCGGCUAUGCUAUCCGCGCGGUGUGGCGUCGCAUUGAGUCUGUGUGGUGCUAUCGCCUUGGCCGGGCGCCCGGAGCGUGAGGAAUGCGCGUCAGCAAAACAUCGACACAACCUGCCAGCUACCGUCGGUACAGUAACAGCGCGCGAACGACGCACCAAUGCCUUGUCCCUUCUUGCUACGCAUUUAUGUGGGCACGGGUGGGAGCCACACACAUCGGGACUACGCUUUCCUGCCCCUUGCCAUGUUCCAUCACGAACACACAUGUGUUUGCACGCACAUGGAAAGCAGUGCCGCAGGAGGGGGUAAAGAUGUGACAGUUGUGUACCGUAAAACGCUUCUUUAGAACUGGUACCGGAGUUCGACCUGUUGACAGCUGCGUUUGAGGCCUUCGGCCGUGUUCAAGCGCUGCAUGGGUAUACGCUGUUUGGGUGCUGGCACAGGCGGCUGGCAGCAGGCUGCUCAUCAGCGACUCAGCCCC